GAAUCCCGGGGCCGCGGCGACUGGUUCCAGUUCACUCGGCAGCGGCGCCGGGCGGAGGGGGCGAGCGCGGGACGCGCGGGCGGGAAGCGAGGAGAAGGCGGGCGCGCGGGCGGGCCGGCGACGAGCGCGGAGAGAAAAGGCGCGAGCGGACCCCAGGGCACUCCGGCCGGACCCCGUGCUGCUGCCGCCGCCGCCGAGCUGCCCCAGUGCUUACUGAGCCACCUUCAGGACCACCGCCAUGUCGAGCCGGGGAGGGAAGAAGAAGUCUACCAAAACCUCCCGGUCCGCCAAGGCGGGAGUCAUCUUCCCUGUGGGGCGGAUGCUGCGGUACAUCAAGAAAGGCCACCCCAAGUACAGGAUCGGAGUGGGGGCCCCCGUGUACAUGGCUGCUGUCCUGGAAUACCUGACAGCGGAAAUUUUGGAGCUGGCUGGCAAUGCGGCGAGAGACAACAAGAAGGGGCGGGUCACGCCCCGGCACAUCCUGCUGGCUGUGGCCAAUGAUGAAGAGCUGAAUCAGCUGCUAAAAGGAGUCACCAUUGCCAGUGGGGGGGUGCUGCCCAACAUCCACCCCGAGUUGCUAGCAAAGAAACGAGGAUCGAAAGGGAAGUUGGAAGCCAUCAUCACACCACCCCCAGCCAAAAAGGCCAAGUCUCCAUCGCAGAAGAAGCCUGUGUCGAAGAAAACAGGAGGCAAGAAAGGGGCCCGGAAAUCCAAGAAGAAGCAGGGAGAAGUCAGCAAGGCGGCCAGCGCCGACAGCACAACCGAGGGCACGCCCGCCGACGGCUUCACGGUCCUCUCCACCAAGAGCCUGUUCCUCGGCCAGAAGCUGAACCUUAUUCACAGUGAAAUCAGUAAUUUAGCCGGCUUUGAGGUGGAGGCCAUAAUCAAUCCUACCAAUGCUGACAUUGACCUUAAAGAUGACCUAGGAAAUACGCUGGAGAAGAAAGGUGGCAAAGAGUUUGUGGAAGCAGUUCUGGAACUCCGGAAAAAGAACGGGCCCUUGGAAGUGGCUGGAGCUGCGGUCAGUGCAGGCCACGGCCUGCCCGCCAAGUUCGUGAUUCACUGUAACAGCCCCGUAUGGGGUGCAGACAAGUGUGAGGAACUUCUGGAAAAGACAGUGAAGAACUGCUUGGCACUGGCUGACGAUAAGAAGCUGAAGUCCAUCGCCUUCCCAUCCAUUGGCAGCGGCAGGAAUGGCUUCCCGAAGCAGACGGCGGCACAGCUGAUCCUGAAAGCCAUCUCCAGUUACUUCGUGUCCACCAUGUCUUCCUCCAUCAAGACGGUGUACUUCGUGCUCUUCGAUAGCGAGAGUAUAGGCAUCUAUGUGCAGGAAAUGGCCAAGCUGGACGCCAACUAGGCCGCGGAACUCGGAGCCGGCCUGCGCCAAUCCCCGCCUCCCAUCAGAAAGAAAAGAAAAAAAAAAUCCCCUGCCCUCCUGGGAGACGGGGACCCUCCGUUUCCAUUUUGCUCAUCUAGGGAGAAAAGGCUUUGGUUCCAGUCUAAUUGUUUUUGACCUUCUACCAUGUUUUUCGUUAGCACUGAUAGUUGGCAUUGCUGUUGUUCAAGCACUGUGUUCCAGACCGUGUCUGACCUUAGUGUGACUAGGAGAGUUUCUAGUUUUGUUUUACCGAGAUCCUGCGCGGUGGGUGCACGGCAGUGGAGGGCCACAUCCUCUGCGGGGCAGAACCCAGGAACCCCCUUUUUUUGUAACCCGUGUGUUGUGGUGCUUUAUCGUACACCCAGUGGCGUUCUUUUUACUAUAAUGUCCUCCCUCAUCCCCCUUUUUUUCCCCUCAAGAAGAAAAAAAAAUCAUGAAUUUGCAGCAGACUUAAUUUUUGUUUACUUUUUCUUUUGUCUUAAUGAUGGAUUUGAAAAUGAAAGAUUUAAGAGGCAGAACAGAGAUCUGCUGUCCUUAAUUAUAUUUGCAAUUGGAAAUUUCUGUGAAUUGAUUUAGUAAAAUGCUAAACUGGU